GUUCUGUCAAGUUUUUGUAAAAAGGUAACUUCACGUUCAUCAGCUCGGGGAGACUGUAUAGCCCCUCGGACCUCGGGGCUCGGAAGUACGCCCACCACCGCCUUUUGCUGCUCCCUCCGAGUACGCAGGUUUGACUGUACUCGGAUACCGUGAAGACAUCCCUGGCAGCGACGCAACGGUCUCUGACAAGUCGUUUGUCAGCGCCGGUGUUACGGCCUUACAGUGGGGGAGAAGAUACUAAUGAAACUCAAUCGCUCAUCAUCAUCUCUGCAUCUACCUCAUCUCCGCUGUGUCUUGUCUCAGAUGAAACUCUCUCGGUGGCAGAUAGGUCACGCCGAUGGUGCGUAUACCGUCUAGCACUGUGCUUUUAUAUUAAUACCUUGGAGUGGGGUGGGCGCGAGGUUUUGGCACCCACUUCGCGCCGUUUUUGCGCCCACUUUCGCUACUGCGAACUCCCUACGUGCUUUACGCUCCUACGACCUCGACGACGACGACGAAGACGAAGAUGGCCCUCUUGCACGUUUUGUAUUGGACUUUGCGCUAUGCGCUUCCGAAUGUCUUUGCUGCCUCGACGCCUCUAGUGGUGGAGGAUCUUGCGCACAUUCACAUUCACGACCAUGCACCGAAGUAUAGUCACGAUUACGAUCAUACCAAUAUUCACGACCUCCCUCCACCAGCUUUUAACCAAGCCUAUAUGUCCGUCUCCGCCCUCGAAGCAGGUCUCGUCGAUCUUCCGUCCCUUCUCACGGUUUCUGACGCCACACCCAACGAAAUUCACACUGUCCCCUCUCUUGCUUUCCUUCUAACGCACUCCCAAUCCGGAAAACGCAUCGUCUUCGAUCUGGGUCUUAGGCGCGAUACGGAGGCGUAUGCCCCGUAUGUGCAGAUGAUGAUCGAUAAGUGGAUGCCCGUGACUGUACCGCAGAAUGUUGAGGAGAGUUUGAGGAUGGGAGGGUUGGAAGCCAGCGAGGUCGAGACGGUGGUCUUGAGCCACUUACAUUUCGACCAUAUCGGUGAUCCUUCACCUUUCACUAAUGCCACCUUCCUCGUUGGCGCUGAUGCCAAGCCCCAAAUCACGAAUGGCUAUCCUAUCAACCCCACUGCCUCCGAAACAACGACCUGCCUCCCUCUUUCCCGCACGAACUUUCUCCCACACUCUCUCUUCGACAUUUCCAUCGGUCCCUUCCCCCACGCCUACGACUUUUUCGGCGACGGAUCACUCUACAUUAUUGAUGCUCCAGGGCACAACGCCGGUCAUAUAAAUAUCUUGACGCGGACGUCGGAAACUGGUGGAUGGAUAUAUUUGGCGGGGGAUUCGGCUCAUGAUGUGAGACUGUUGACGGGUGAGAGGGAGGUUGCGGAGGUUGAGCAGGGCGGUAGUGGGCAGAAGUUGUGCUUACAUGGUGACAAGAAGAGUGCGGAGACGCAUAUUCGGAGGGUUGGUGAGCUGAUGAAGAGGAAGAGGAACGACGUGCAUGUGCUCAUCGCUCAUGAUUGGGAGUGGUACGAGAAGGAGAAGAAGACGGGCGGGAAGGCGUUCUGGCCUGGCGUUAUUCCAGCGAUGGCGUGAGGCUCAAGAGCGGAGGAUUGGAAGGCAAGGCCUUGAUUUUAGUAUAUAAGUUAUUCUCAUUCGUUCUUCAUGCUGAUCCGGCGAACUUCGUUAGCGCUGGUGAUUUUGGUUCUGUGAUAGAUGCCUUCGUUCUUCUACUAUUACUUUUUAAUGCUCGUUCACAGCACUCCGUAUUCUAAAUCCAUAGUAUGUUCGACCUUCGACGUUUAAUAAUGCUAUUCAG